AUCCCAGACUCCAGAGGGCCAGAGCCAAAUCCUCUUAAGGCAGGCUGCAAAAGACCAAUCUUUAUGGAGGUGAGGAAGAUAAAGAGCGAGAGAGUAACAGAAGAGAGAGAGCAUGAAGAUGAUACCAUAAACACAGUUUUGUUCACGGCUGGCGCAGCUCUUCUAAUGGCGUGUUUGAAACGCGCCAUGAUAACGUGUCUAGUCGAGCAGUGGCGCGCGUGGGUGUUUCUCGUCCUCAACCUCGUCCUCUUAGCCAUUUUUUUCACGUCUAUACGCUCAGGCGCCGCCUCCAACGAAAGCCAAGAAUGCAAUGUGGACGAUGUGGGACUGAAGAAGACUGAAAGGAAGAUGAGUGGGCGGCAAUGUACAUGGCCAGCAGCAGCAGCACAAGUUGAAGAACAUAAAGACAGCUGCCACAAAAUGUAUGAGAAAAGAAGUUUGGGGAAUGAUGAGCAGCCUGCAGAGCGAGUUGAAGACGACGUCGUCGCAGAGGCUAAUCCAAUAAGGCUGUCAAAGGAGGAGCUGAAUAAGAGAGCGGAAACUUUCAUUGCCAUGUUUCGGCAGCAUUUGGUCACAGACGCUGAGAAAGGUAGACGCCAGUUCUUUUACGAACCGGAAGGAGCUCAAAUUUUGAACUUUCAACAGGGGUCUAAAGCGACUCUUUCCCCUCAGGGGGUCAAGUGUUAAAUGCGGAAGUUUAAGGGUGCAUUGUUAUAUUAAUAUGAAGUUUAGGGGUUAAAUAAUAUAUUUGGUAUUAUUUUUGAGGCAUUUGUCAUGUCAAAUUUUUGUUUUUUUGGUAGUCCCAUUCACAGUAAAAACCAAACUAUCAAACUGUUUUUGAUGCGGACUGAAUAGAAAGAAAACUGCUUAUUAAA